ACAAUUGAUUCCCCAUAGAGCUUCGAAAUAUCAGCAUUUGAAUUGAGAGAGAGAGAGAGAGAGAGAAAAUGGGAGCAGUGAAUAUCUGGAACGCCAUGGAAGUUGCGGAGGGAGCUCGAGAGAACGGAAGCUCAGGAAUCCAAUCAUCUUCUCUCACCGUUGAUCACUCUCUCUCUCUUCCCGAAAUGUCACCUCGCAUCAUAGAGCUGUGCAAAGAUCUCUUCGAGAAAUGGUCGAAAUUGGACAAUUCUCACUUCUCUGUCGAGACUGUUUCCGGUGGCAUCACAAAUCUAUUAUUGAAGGUAUCAGUAAGGGAAGAAGAUGGAAACCUAAUAAACAUAACAGUUAGAUUGUAUGGCCCCAAUACCGAAUAUGUUAUCGACCGGGAACGGGAAUUGCAGGCCAUUGGAUACCUGUCAGCUGCAGGAUUUGGUGCCAAAUUGCUUGGAGUUUUUGGAAAUGGCAUGGUGCAAUCAUUUAUAUAUGCACGCACACUAACUCCACCUGACAUGAGAAAGCCAAAGCUGGCCGCUGAAAUUGCAAAGCAGCUUCGUAGAUUCCAUCAGGUGGAAAUUCCAGGCUUCAGAGAACCUCAACUAUGGAAUGAAGUUUUUAAGUUCUUUAAGAAAGCAUCCACUCUAAAAUUUGAUGAUAGCGAGAAGCAGAGGAAGUAUGAGACAAUUUCAUUUGAAGAAGUUGAAGCUGAGGUUGUUAAGCUCAAGGAAUUGACAAGCCGUCUUGCUGCUCCUGUGGUAUUUGCGCAUAAUGACUUACUUUCUGGAAAUCUGAUGCUCAAUGAUGAAGAGGGUAUCUACAACCAUAUCUUACAGAAACUCUACUUCAUUGAUUUUGAAUACGGAUCGUACAAUUAUAGAGGUUUUGACAUUGGAAAUCACUUCAAUGAAUAUGCGGGCUAUGAUUGUGACUACAGCUUAUAUCCGAGUAAAGUUGAGCAGUUUCAUUUCUUCAGGCACUAUCUAGAACCUGAAAAACCACUCGAGGUAUCUGACAAAGAUCUCCAAGCUCUCUAUGUUGAGACAAACACUUACAUGUUAGCUUCACACUUAUAUUGGGCUCUGUGGGCCCUAAUCCAGGCGAAGAUGUCUCCGAUUGAUUUUGAUUAUCUUGGUUACUUCUUCCUGCGAUACAAUGAAUACAAAAAACAGAAGGAGAACUGCUUCUUGCUGGCACAAUCUUACCUCGCAAGACCCGGGAGUGAGUGAGCUUUCUCAUUCUAUGCAUUACCGGUAUGCCUUUGUAUUCUGUGAAAUUAAAUGAAGAGACGUGCGAGUCCUCCCUCGACUUGUACAAUAUUCUUUGGUAGCCAGUUAGGAGAAAGAAAGUGGAUAUAUAGAUUUGAAGAAAUAAAUAGUGAAUCUAGUGUUUUGAUAUUGCAUUUCAGAUUUGUUGUAGCUCUGAAGCUUUGUAUGUGGUUUAAUAGCAAUUUUUGAUACUUUUGUUUCCUUUGUUUGGUGGAAACAAGUUUGGAUAAAUUAAUAAAAUGAAAUUCUGUUGUAAUUUUGAAA